AUGACCGGAACCGCGUCGAGGUCGAGCACGGCGCGUCCAAUGAGCCACCUGUAUUGUCACCGUCCAACAACGGGACAGAGCCGACGGUGGACUGUCCAAUCAAGGCUAGCAACUGUACCCCCUCAAACCGCUGCCUCGACCCGACAUGAUGCUAGCUACGUGAUUGCUCUUCUCGAGGGCAGGGGAAUAUCGCGCGAAGUGGGAAUGGCCGCACUUGAUAAGGACACUGGCCGUGUCAUGCUCGUACAGCUUGCAGACUGCCAGACAUAUGUCAAGACCCUCCAUCAGAUGCAUUUGCAUAAUCCUUGUCUUAUUCUUGUGCCCGACACGUUUCUGUCGGCGUCGGAUGCGUCUUUGCUGCCCUCGGGAAAGCGCGCACCUGCUACGUCCCUUCUGGUCGAGUUUAUACGUGAAGAGUUUCCAAGCGUGCCGCUGGAGCCCAUGGGCAGAAAGUAUUGGAACGAGUUGAGUGGGAUGCAAUUCAUCGACCAGUUGUGUGUAGAAGACGACGAGCGGGCAGGUACUCUCAUGGCUGUACGCGACAAAUAUUUUGCGCUAUCCGCCACCUCCGCCCUGUUCAGGCACGCUGAGGCCAAACUGAACACCAGAUUCGCUGCUGGGUCCCUCCUCAUUCGCUAUGUCCCCGUCGAUGGAACUAUGAUGAUCGAUCCUGAAACAAUCAGGAAUCUUGAAUUGGUGGGAAAUAUUUCGAACAAGAAAUCAACCCAUUCUCUGUUUGGAACUGUUAACUAUACCUUCACUGCCAUGGCGUCUCGUUUACUACGCGUCAAUCUUCUGUACGUAGACAUCUCUCAUCGCUCAAACUGUAACCGAACACCAGUCACAGAGUUUGUUAAAAGUGAAGAUGCAUUCACAAACGUGAAGGCAUCUCUGAAGCCAAUGAACAAAAUGGAUUUUGACAAGCUGAUAACCUCUCUCGCUUCAUCUGAAACGAAGCCCACUAGCACGGCCCAGGGAGCAUCCACCCGUGUGUCGCAAAUGCUGAAUCUGCGGAAUAUCGUCAAGUGUAUUCCUCAGCUCCAGCAGGCUCUGGCAGGAUGUAAAUCGCAUUUGCUUCGAAUUGUCUGCGAAAUGGCCUCCGACGAACGGAUUGCUUACAUUGACCAUUUAAUUACCAAGAGUUUAAACGAGGAUACUUUACCUUCCAAACAUGGCAUUGGUGCUGUCAACGCUCGCGUCUACGCCGUAAAGGCAAACUAUAAUCCGCUGCUCGACGUAGCCCGCGAGACGUACAAGGAAAACGUUGGCGAUAUAUAUGCCCUAAACGCCACUUUGUCGGAGCAGUACGAUCUACCACUGACUCUUGUCUAUCAAGAUAUUGGUUUUGUAUUUUCGUUGAAGAAGUCUGAUGUGAUUGAAGAAUUGCCAAAGGGAUUCAUCAAUGUGUCGCUGAAGAAGGGGAGGUGGCAGUUCUCCUCCAUGGAGUUGAAAAAGAUGAACGCAAGGAUGAAAGACGCAUUGGACGAGACAUUGAUUUUGAGCGACAAGAUCAUUCGGGACCUCGUUGCAGAAAUUCUUGUCGACGUAGGAGCCUUGUACAAAGCUUCCGAAGCGAUUGCCCUGGUGGAUAUGCUACUGUCAUUCGCUCAUGUGUCCAUCAUUCGACCAGAAUUCACAGGAACACUGGCUAUCAAGGCGGGCAAACAUCCCAUUCUCGAGACUUUGCGUAUGAUGGGCACGCUCGUACCUAACGAUGUGUAUUGCGAUGAUUCUUCCUCUUUUCAAAUCAUCCAGGGACCGAACAUGUCCGGAAAAAGUACUUAUCUACGUCAAGUGGGACUAUUGACUGUGAUGGCUAUGUGUGGUUGUUUUGUACCGGCCGAGUACGCAAGUUUUCGGAUACACAACGCCCUUUUGACUAGGCUGUCAAACGACGAUGACAUGGAGAAGAGUCUCAGUACAUUUGCUAGUGAGAUGGCGACUUCUGCGAUGAUUCUCGGUCUGGCCACUCCUAAAACUCUCAUCCUCAUCGAUGAGCUUGGGAGAGGGACCUCACCUAGAGAAGGCGUAGGAAUAUCGCAUGCUAUUGCUGAGGCUUUGAUAGAACACAAGUCAUUUGUCUUCUUUGCGACUCACUUCAACGAGCUGAGCACCACGCUUUCUCGUAAGCCUUCCAUAGUAAAUCUCCAUCUCUCUGUCCAGAAACCGCGUCCAUCUGAGUCCAACUUUGGGAUGACUUUUCAAUACAAGAUCGUCGAUGGUGCACUUGAAGACAUGUCGCAUUAUGGCACGUUCAAAAGAAGACUGGAACUCGCUCGACUUGCCGACCUACCAAGCGAUGUACUCACAGAGGCUAAAAGAGUCUCUGCUAACCUCUCUGAUCUACAUGCACGUAACGAAAAGGAGAGCGAAAGUACGCAGAUUACUAUAAGACGAAAGGCUUUAUUACGGCUAAGAACGCAGCUGAAUCAAGCACUAGAACACUCCAUGCUUCCUGACGAAGAGCUACUGACAUACAUCGGACGUUUCCAGGGAGAUAUCACUAAGGCUUUUUUGUAUGGUAAGUAA